UACCCUGCCUAUGGCGACGUUCAAAUGGAAACUGGAAGCAUCCUCUUUGAGUUGACUCCUAAUGUCUGCACUUUCUCCUGCAGUUUUCGGGCCGCCGGAUUUUAUUCAGAGAUAGAAGUAGCUGCCUACGAUAAGUUAGGCAGAGGAUUCUUCAGGUGCCAUAGUUAGCCACGCAGCCGACACGCACGGCUUCUGUGAUGUUCGCAACUGAAUUACUUCCCGGUUCUUGCCUGGGUAAUGGAAAACACGUGAUCUUCGGCUGCUGGAACUGUCUUCAGAGUUAAGAAGCGUCUGUCUUGGAACGCCAUCCUGCAAAAGUCAGCGUGUGCAUGUUUGAGCCUCACAUUUCUCUUAACUGGUUCUUGGGGAUCUAGUCAACUUUGACUCUCUGGAGUGACGAAUCAUCUGUGGCAGCAGGAAGCGGCUACCGCAGCAGCGGCUGCAGCAGGGGAACCUCUUUGGAGAAGGAGAGGGAAGGCUUCUAAUCCUGCUGAGAGCUUUCAAAAGAAAUGACUCACUGGUUUCAUCGAAACCCUUUAAAGGCUACCGCUCCUGUCACAUUCAAUUACUAUGGGGUAGCUACUACUCCAGCUGCAUCAAAGAUUUGCAAUGAUAUAAGGUCAUCAAGAACACGACUCCUGGACCUUUUUACAGAUUUGAGCUGCAAUUCUGAUAUGAUGAAAAAUGCAACUGAUUCCUAUUUUUCACUUUUGAAAGGCUUUAUCAUUUCCCUGGAUGACUCUUCUCAGGACAGCAAGUUGAGAUACAUUCAGAAUUUUAAGUGGACAGACACCUUGCAAGGACAUGUACCAAGUGCCCAGCAAGAUGCUGUGUUUGAACUAGUUUCUAUGGGAUUUAAUGUGGCUCUGUGGUACACUAAGUAUGCAUCAAGGUUGGCUGGGAAAGAAGACAUAACUGAAGAUGAAGCAAAGGAUGUCCACCGAAGCUUGAAAAUAGCAGCUGGAAUUUUCAAACACUUAAAGGAAAGCCACAUCCCGAAAUUGAUCACUCCUGUAGAAAAAGGAAGAGAUUUAGAAGCUCGGUUGAUAGAUUCCUAUGUUAUCCAGUGCCAAGCUGAAGCACAAGAAGUAACAAUUGCCCGAGCUAUUGAGCUGAAACAUAGUCCUGGUCUAAUAGCUGCCCUGGCAUAUGAAACAGCCAAUUUCUAUCAAAAAGCAGAUCAAAUGUUAUCUAGUUUGGACCCAGCAUACACAACUAAGUGGCGAAAAUAUCUUCAGCUAAAGUCAUGUUUCUAUAUGGCCUAUGCCUACUGCUACCAUGGUCAGACACUCCUGGCCAGUGAUAAAUGUGGAGAAUCUAUUAGAUCUCUACAAGAAGCUGAGAAAUUUUAUGCCAAGGCUGAAGCAUUGUGCAAAGAGUAUGGUGAAACCAAAGGGCCUGGGACAACAGCUAAGCCUUCCAGCCACCUUUUCUUUAGGAAGUUGGGAACUCUGGUGAAAAAUACCUUAGAAAAAUCCCAGCGAGAGAAUGGAUUCAUUUACUUUCAGAAGAUUCCCCCAGAGGCUCCUCAGCUGGAGCUGAAGGCAGAUUUUGGUCUGGUUGAACCUAUUUCUUUUGAGUUCCCUGCUGUGCACGCACAGUGGACCCCGGAAUCGCUUGCUGCAUUUGAUCUUACUAAAAGGCCAAAGGAGGACAGUCCUAAACCAAAAGCAGAAGAAGAAGUGAAACCUCUGAAAGAGCCAGACAUAAAGCCUCAAAAAGACACCGGGUGCCAGAUCUCUUAAACUCCACAAGUGCUUUGAAGUACCCUUUGUGUGCUACAUUUUGUGAACUCUGGGAUUUUUUUUGUAUCCCAUUUGCUGGCUCUUCUGGACUUCUUCAUCCUAAAAAUGAAUUCAGUGCUUUUCAUCUUUUAUAAAUACCUAUCUUUGACUGAGUUUGUUGCUACAGAGAUUGAAAUUGAAAAAAAUGUUAGGAUCUCAGUGUAGGACGUGACCAUUUAGGUUAAUAGGCAACUGAUUAUGAAAUAAAUUCUAAUGAUCUAGAAGGGUUGAGACACAGGCAGUUCGGAGGCAGGGGCAAACAUGAACAAGAUAAAUUUUGUUGAGAUUUCUUAAGAUGCUGUGUCAACCAAGUUGGUUGAAAAGAAGGCAAAGCUACAAGAAGGAUUGGGUAUUAACAUCACAUUUUAAGAGCAAGGGAAUUACUUUGAGUUCAUGAGAACUUAACAGGGUUAUCAAACUAUUAAACCACCUAGCAAAAUAGUAGGAAAAUAUAUACCUUGCACAGGAGAUCAAAGGUUCCAACUAGUGCAAUUUUAUCCCAGCAGGAGUACAACUGAUGCUGUCUUUGCACUUAAAAUACUCUAAGGGAAAUAGAAGUGAAAGGUGGAUUUAGAUAGUGUUUGUCCUUGAUGUCUUUUCCCAAAACCAGAAAGUAUUAUGAAAGAGAUGAUAGAACUAUUCAGCCAUUGAACCAGAAGAGUCCAAUAGAAAAUAAAGCAUCUAUGGAAGGACCAAUUCCUAACUGAACUUAUCAAAGAGCUAUCAUCAGUAAGUGUUACAUUGUUCUGCUGUAUGAAGAGCUCUUACUCCAGGGGCUAGAAAAUAAUGCCCCUUGUCAGAGAUCCACAGAUAAUCACUGCACUGUCUAAAGAGGAAUUGAAGGGAGAUUUAAAUUGGUAGCCAUGGGUAAAGGAGCAUAUUGGACUAAGGAACAAUAUAGAUUAAUAUGAUUUGUGAGAAGGCUGAGAAAGAAAGAAAUGGAUAGGUGGUACCAUUGGGAAUAGAGGCUAAAAGACAUGCAAAAGGUUUUCUUAAAUUGAGAAAAACAAUGAAGGAAAAAGAGGAGGUGUUAGGAGAUUGGAAAGACUCAAGACUGUAACAUAUCGACUUCUAGAAAAGCAAGAACAAAACAUGUCAAAGAGGUAGUGAGGGAUGUUAGUGGAGCUUCAGCGAUAUAGUAUGACCUGCAUUGAAGCCAUUCGGAGAACUGGUGGGUGAUGGAUAUGCUGGCAACCCUCCAAAAAUCGAGAAUAACAUCUCAGACACUAGAAAUGCUGGCUCUUCAGAGAAAAACAGGGAUUGAAAGUAAUUUUGCUGCAAUUGGUCAUGCUUGCUGGGCCAGGCCUUUUUUCGUUAGAAUUUGAGAGAUUCAUAACAAAGGAUUUCAAGGAUUUAGUUUCCAUGUGCAGAGUAGCAAGAACUGAUGUGGGCUCCUUAAGAGGCAUUUUCCUUUUGCAGCUAAAAAAAUGUACAGAUCAAAUGUCUAAACAAUUGAAAUGGAAGCGUGCAAGGUAAUAGGGGGAGCUGGGUUGCUUUCCUUCCUUCUAUGUUUAAAAAAUAAUGGUAGAUAGAUCUAGCAGAACAUCAAAACAAAUCAUUUUAAAAACCUCAAGUGAAUUCUGUUUUGAUAGAGCUUCAGUUUGAAAAUAGAAUGUCCUGUUACAAGAACUACAGUUAGCAUAUGCCUGGGAUAAUGGACACUCCAGUUUGUCUGUUUAUAAACUGAAUUUAUAUAAACUUGUGGCAUCUUAUAUUCUUAAUUUCUUGGCUCAUUUCUCAGACCUGCAUUUAGGUUUGAGUAUGGGUGAGAUUAUUUAAUGCAGUAUGUUACUGGCUUAGCAAGACUUGGAAUUGCUUACCAAGGCCAAAAAACUAGAACCAAAAUGUUCAGUUAUUAAAAUGUGAUGUGUGUCUGCUAUGCUAAUGCAGCUCAACCCUCUUGUGUCCUUCAAAAUUUAAAAUGAGCAAAUUGUUUUGGAGCUCUUCCUGCUGCCUCACACCAAACCUGAUAAAAGAAUACUGGCAGCUUAUUUGAAUGUAUGUAUGGAAACCUGUAUGAAAGUCUCCAUGUAGGUUAAGUCUUACUGGGUAUGUGUGUCACGUUCUGGAGGAUGUUCACUCAGUGACCAACCGUGAUCAGAUAACUGCAGUGGCUUCACAAACCUUAGAAUGUAUCAUAAGGAAUUGUAGUUAUGUUCAUAUUAGAGGUCGUAGUUAGUAACAUUAAAUUAUUAACAAGUUUGCCCACUAAGCAAUGAAUCUGUUAAUAAAUUGUGCCAUGAAUAAACAGUUACCAGUGAACAGUCUAUCCACAGACUUAGCAAACAAAUCAGUUGCACAGUCCAAUCCUGUCUGUAUGUAUUUAGAAGUAAGCAUAUACUGAUUUAAAGGGGCUUUCUAAAUAAGUAUGGCCUUAGCAUGCUUUCACUUACAAAUUCAUACUUCUAGUGCCCUUAUUUAUUCCAGUAUCGGUGGUUGAGAUGAAGGGGGUGUAGCCAUCUGGGAAACACCAGAGAGCUGAAAAUGGCCCACAGCACCAAUUUUACACAGAGUGCUAAUUUUGUGUCAGUUGCCAGUGAGGCAGAACAUUAAUUAACUCAGCUGCAACGUCAGGGCCCUCUCAAAUUAAUCAAUUUUUGAGGAUUUUAGAAAGUAACCUUGAAAGUAAGAACAUGCCACUUCUUUUUGUAUAGGAAGAUUUCCUAGCAUGAGUCCGGUGAAUGAUUUGGGAGCCACAAAUAUUGCAGAGUCACUCAAGCAGCUGCAGGCCUGAUCCAUAGCUUGGAUGGGGGCCAUUUGAGGCUACAAUAGGGGACAUAGUUAUAAAGUUUCCUAGUACAUAUGUUAUUAGAAUUUAGUAUUGGUAACCCUUCAUUUGACACACACAACCUGGAAAGCUCCUGCUUGUAUAAUCUUAUGUAUUUAGUAUUAGGAGGAUGUUCCUUUUUUAAGCCUUGCAUUUACAGGGUGCAGAUCAAGGUCUGUGUAUACUAUUAUAUCUUCCUUGUGAAAUUUUAGAUUUUUUUCCUGAUCACUUUGCCAUGCUUGGAUGGCCUUUGAGCCUUACAUAAAACAAUGAGGAAUAAAUUAAAAUGAAUCAAUACAGGGCUGCUUUUUGCCAUUUUGACUCCUUUAUAACGUUGUGAAUAUAAUUUUAAGGAGAAUAAGGCAUGAACUUUCACAUUCAAAGGGAGGGGUUAUUAAAGUGUGCUUCCCUUUGGUAAUUUUUUCUCUCCUGAAAAAACUCCAUGAAAUCCAGUGCCAGCCUUAUGCAAACUUAAUACUUCGUAUAUGCAUCUUCCGUAUGCUUGCACUAUACCUUCCUAGGAGGGCUAGUUGAGGCUUGUGUCCAACAAUGUACGAAGAAGUGAUCUGUUAAGGUGAAAGCUGCACUUGUUGGUGUUCAUUCCAGAUGCUAGGCUGCUUUUCCUUGUGCUGCUGCUGUUUCAAAGUUUCUGAAACAAAAUGACCUUGUUAGAGUACCAGGUAUGUUGCUUGUGCUGUAUAAACAAUAAAAUGACUUGCAUGUUCACAGCA